CGGGCUGUUGAGAAGGUGGUGGCGGCAGAAGUGGCACGGGUUUUAGCUGAAGUCAGGAAAGUGAAGAGACAGGAAGAAGAGGAAGAGGAAGAUGAUGAUGAUGAUGAUUAUUAUGAGGAGGAAGAGGAUGGUGAGAUGCAAGUUGAUGAUUCUGACAACAGUGAGGAUCUGACACAGCAACAACAACAACAACAACGAUGGCGGCAACCUGUCUCCGGUCAACGGGAAUUUGGUGAAGAAUUAAGCAGCAGCUACCGAGCCAUUGGUAGUCAGGCGAUGCCACCAGUGGAGGGCCAAACAGGCUCAUUGGCUUCAACAGAAUCAACUGAACAGGUGGAUAACGAUCAGGUGUCCUACACAACAGACUCUGAUGACGUGCUCGAUCGCUCUGACAUGCUUCAACACACGCUCAGGGUUGACAGUGACAUUGUUUUUGCAUUUCCAGAUUCUGUUAAUGAGAGAUCAUCUGAUGCAGUGACCCACACAAGCAAAAGACUUCACAUUGAGGUGGACACGGAGGAGGAGGAUGGUGAUGAUGAUGUAGCUAUGGAGUCUGUGGAACCAGACACAGAUGUCACAGAGGCAGUGAGAGACAGCGAACCACCACCACUCCAGAGGGAGUCUUUACAUACGUCUACCACCACCACCAUCACCACGUUUGAUGUUACCGCUACUGUUCCUACUCUUCCUGCUACUACUCCUACUUUUACUACUACACCUCCUCCUACUCCUCCUACCACCACAGUCACUGCUUCUGCUACUCAUGAGGAUGAGACUGCUGCUGCUGGUUGUUACCAGAUUGAUGAUGAUGUGGAUGAAUACCACCACGAGGACUCCAUGGCAAACAUCCUGCUCAAACACGCGUCCCAUUUACUGGCAUCGUCCACCUCCCACACCACCAAAGUUAUCUCCCCCGCUGCACCCCCGCCCCCACCUAUUGUGGACUUGACCGACGAUCAAGAUGAGGAGGUUGACUACAGUUAUGACUUCAUAGAGGGAAGACAACAGGCUAACCGGGUGGAAGGUGACAAUUUCUUUGAACCAGAAGAAUCCAAUGAUAUCCUGGAGAUUUGUCCCCUCUCUGCGCCACAACAGCAGCCCACCUUGUCAUCAAGUUAUUACCAUUCGACGACGAAGAUAGAGGAGACACCUGCAGAACAGAUACUGAUUGAUGAUGAUGAGGAGGAGGAGGCAGAAGUGGUGGAGGAAGAAGAGGAGGAGGAGGAGGAGGAGGAGGAAGAGAGAGAUGAUGCUAGUAAAGCAAGUUCAGUGCAAGAGGAGGUUGGUGUUAGGGUGGAAGAAACGGAAAUGGGCAAGCUGUUGGCGGUGCAGGAAGAUGAAGAUGAAGAUGUUGGUAGUGAGGCUGAGUCCGUUACAAUGGAAACUGCAGCCAGGACAGACACAAUGAGCCAGAUCAGGGUUUCAGAAGUUCAACCAGAGCCUUGUCACUUUGACCACAACGACAGGGUCAAUGAGGGCAAUGUCCCAGAGCAAACGGCCACAGAUGUGAUACCCGUGGCCGCCGCUGCUGCCCCAUCAACCCCACUGGAUUCUGAGAACGAAGAUACAGAGAUGAGAGUUUCCCAUAUCGAUGAGCAGCAGCAGCAGCUUACUAACCAAGAGGAAGACGAUGGUGGCGUGGUUCUGGACGGUCAUGUCACGUCUGCAUCUUCGUCCGAUAACCUCACUUCCUUUUCUUUGUCAGACACUUCUUGUAUGUCAGCCCCUUCAUCGACGACAAGGCAGGAAGUCACAAUGGAAGCUGAAACAAUGGAAGUGAGUGUUGGGCCAGAGGAAGUAACUAAUGUCACACAGGAAGUGGAUGUUGCUAUGACAACUAGCUUGCAGCCAGAGGUGGAAGUUGCUCCAGCCAUGCCUGCCCCUGCACCAAUGAUGGAAUCUACAUCCCAUGACCUUCCUCCAGUGAGCGAAACCCUGUCCCAGCCAGCUACGAAUGAGACUCCCUCUGUGUUUCCAGCAACCAAGACCCCUUCCAGGAGAAGAGCAUCUCAGUCCCGCAGAAAUAAAACGACAGAGCUUGGGAAGUUUUCUGUAAGAGAGGAAACAUCCCAGAUGGAAGUGGAGAGUAAAGAUAAAGGAGUCGAGGUGGCUGACGAAAAGGCAACGGAGGAGGAAGUGAAGCACACAAGCUCUAUCACAGCCUCACAAUCUACCCCUGACAUUGAGUUUACACACACUUCGAGAAAGAGAGCCAGCAAAACGCCUGCUGUUGUUGCAGAGUCUGUGAGUAAGGGACCAGGAUCAGUUGGGGAAGAGAUGCAGUCAGAGAGCAACGAGGAAGCUGACCAAAGCUCCAGUCAGUUACCCAUGAGGGUUUUGAGGAGCAGCACUUUGAAUAGGAAAGCCAAAAUAGAGACACCACCUCCGACGCCGACUCGUAAAAGUUUUCCUUCAGCUCCACAAAAGAGUUUCAUUGCUCAAUCGUCUGCCCGAAGAAAAACAUUUGUGGAGGAGAGCCCCACCCUUGUGUAUAUCAAGUCCAAAACACAGAGUAUGAUGGAAGUCUCUUUACAAGAGAGACCUGGUCGAAUAGGUACCUCUGUAAUUCCUACAGACCUGGGAUCAUCUGCGGAAGGGGAGUCAGAAUCGUCUCUUCUCACUCCUUCCCCCUCCAGAAGAAGGAGAACUUUGGACAGAGGACAUAAAACUCGUUCAAGUCAACGAAUUUCAACACAGAAAGUUGUUUCUGAAUCCUUUAUUGAAAGUCCUCAUCCAGUUGUAGCUGAAGACUCACCAAAAAUCUCGAUAGAACCGGAGCCGAUGACAACCUCCAAGCCGAUGAGCAGUCAGCAGAAACCUCAGAAAAGAUCAACAAAGAAUCGAUCAUUCGUGACACCGGCGGCCACGCCAACGACCCGUCUGCGACAGACGAGUCCCAAGAAAGACUUAGAUAAUAAUAAUACAAACACAAAAGAGGCUGAGCCAGUUUCUAAAUCACCGGAGAAAGAUAAACUUUAUUCUGCAUCCGUACUUCUUCCAGUGAUGCCAGACAUUCCUCCUUUGGCUGCUGAGCUGCAAACCCCAAUUAGGGUUAGAUCUACAAGAAGGAAAGCCUAUUUGGUGAAGCCAGUCGACAGUCCUAUAAAUUUUCUCAGCCCCGGCCCAUCCAAACCUACCCCACAAAGGUCAGACUCCAACAAGACAAAAACUACCCGUAAACCUUCGCCUGAUCGGACUCCAAACCAGCAGCCAUUUCAUGGCAUGGUGCUCAGGUCUAGAGCAGCCCCAGUUAAAAAACGAAAGUUAUGAUAGCUAUUAUUAAUUAACUGAUUAAUUAAAUAGACUCAAUCAAAUUCCAGUCUGGGGGAAUGAAAUGCAAAGUGUUCUUCUAGGAUUGGUUGAUUGUGCUUGUUGUUGUUGUUGAGUUGAAAUUCGCUGCCAGGGACAACUUCGAUUGAUGACAGCGAUGUGGUUGUUAAAUGUACCAGUCAUACACUGGGGGUUGGGUCACACAGACACACAACAGACUGCACUCCACUUCCUUGUGGCCAUGGGUCAAUGUAAAAAUUUCACAUUGUAUCAAUAACAAUAAAAAUAACGAUAAUAAUAACAAGAAUAAGAAUAAUGUUGGUGAUGAUAACA